AUGGGGCCUGCUAGCCAGCUGGAAGGGAGGAGCCUGGGCGUUGUCUUCCUCCUCGCUCGCGCCCGCGAGGCAGAGGCACGGCCGGCGCCCGACGGCGACUGCGGCGAGCUCCGGCCACCUCUCGCGGCGCUCGACCUACCGGCGUGCUUAGGGGAGGGAGCCGCACCCGGAGAUGUCCCAUCCAUCCUCCCAGCCGCGCCGCCACUCUACCAGAUCCCCUCGGGAUCCCCUUCUCCUCGUUUUCCUCCACCCACCAACAGGAGCCCCUUCUCCCCUUCUCCCCGAGCUCCUCCGCUGUUCCCUGCUCGAGCUCGUCGCCCACGCCUGCAGCUCCUCGCCGGAGCAGGCAACCGGACCGCAGCCCCAAGCCUCCCGUGCGCCUCCAACUCCCUGCCGGAACAGCACCACCAGGCCAGCCCAGCGCGCCCUUCUCCUUCCUUCGGUCUCCUCCUCCCCUCACAUCUCUCCCUCUUUGUUUUGUUCGAACAGGAGACAGCGACGCUGCAUGGAGCUUCUCCACCGCCGACUCCCUCCGUCUCUGGUUCCGUCCGGCUCCGCUGCUUCGCCACGGUGGACCUCGCCAACAUCGCCACCUUGGAUCUGCGCCAAGCUUCGCCGUCCCCGCACCCCUACCGUCUCGCCAGAUCCGGCAGGCCCUCGUCGCCGCGCUGCGCCCCCUGCAUCACGCUGCCGUUCCCCUGCUUCACCUGCUUGAGCCGCCGCUGCUCUGCCUCAUCCUCGCCGGAGACCUCCAGCGCGCCCUCUGCCUUGCGCGUCCGCGCGCCUGGGACGCCACCCCUUUGCCCGUUGACCGAGAGCACGGUCAUCUCGAGCCGAUCCCCUGCCGCUCAUCUUCGUUGACCGUUCCACCCCGGCGCCUGGCCCAGCGGCCACCGGCUCCAGCCAGCCUAUCCAUCGACUGGGCUUGGCCCAUGGGUGAGCUCCC